AUGUUGAGGCUAGGCUGCUUAUUUGUUAUCAUUGGGUUGGCUUUAGCCAAACACGAGGUGUAUGAUGGAUACGGUCUCUACAAAGUAUCUGUGAAGACCACAGAACAGGUGGAACUGGUCAACUACCUCAGCAAGGCUUUAGAUCUUGAUGUCUGGUCUCAUGCCAUACCCGGCCAUGAUGGCCAGGUCCUCGUACCAAAAGACAAGAAACCGCUAUUCCAAAAUGAACUCAAAGCUGCUGGCGUAGAGUUCCAAAUUGAAUCCGACAAUAUCAAGGAUAUCUUGGACUUGGAAGACCAUCUGCUUUCGGAAGCUGCAAAAAAGAACAAUGGCUCAAGAUUGGAUUCCCUACCCUUUGAUCAGAUUUACACGUACCACCAGGUAGAUACCUUCCUUGAGAUGCUGGCUGCAGCUUACCCUGAAACUGUGACCCUGGUAAAUGCUGGCAAGAGUUUUGAAGGCAGAGACAUCAAGUACAUCAAGGUUUCCAGUGGAGAUUUCGAAACAUCGACGAGACCAAUUGUGUUUAUGGAGUCCCUCCUUCACGCUCGCGAAUGGAUCACGCUGCCAGCCACUCUCUACGCCAUCCACAAGCUGGUGAUUGACGUCACCGAGCAGGAUCUCAUCCAGGAUAUCGACUGGAUCAUCCUUCCCAUAGCCAAUCCUGAUGGUUAUGUCCACAGUCACGGAGAGUUCCGUCUUUGGCGUAAGAAUCGCAACACCAACCUUGGCGUAGGCACCUGCAUGGGCGUGGACCUGAACAGGAAUUUCGACUUCCAGUGGUCAGAAGCGUCCAGCAACAUUCCUUGCCUCGACAACUACCACGGAAGAGGUCCAUUCUCUGAACCAGAAGCCGCUGCCAUCAAAUCUGUUUUCGACCAAUACAUAGACAGAAUCGGACUAUUCCUGGACAUCCACAGUUUUGGAAGCAUGAUUUUAUAUGCAUAUGGAGAUAAAACUUUGCCCCCGAAUGCUCUCAUGGUCCAUUUACUAGGAGUCAGAAUGGCAGAGUCUAUUGACGCUGUUAAAAUGAGCUGGAAUCCCAACUACGUUGUUGGUAAUUCUGCCAUGGUUCUAUAUGACGCGUCGGGCACCGCCAGUGACUAUGCUCAAUUCAUUGGUGUACCUUACUCCUACACUAUCGAACUGCCUGGACAUAGAUUUGGUAUUGGAGGAUUCGGUUUCUUCGUAGACCCUGCGUUUAUCGAACAAGCUGGUUUCGAAACCUGGGAAGGCAUCAAGACAGGCGCCAGAUUCAUUCGUGACAGUUUCAAAAAGAGCAAUGUUUAA